AUGGACGUCGACGCCCCAGGGGAUCCCCCGGCCACUUCCACAACGCUGAAGCAGACUCUGGAGGGCGCCGAAAGCGUCCGGGAGAUCGUCCGAUUCGUCGCGGGGGGGGCCGCUCUCACGGCGGCGUCUAAGGCCAAUCCUGACGAGCCCACCCCCCUGGCGCGGGGAUCGGUGACGGUAAACGCCGCGGCUUCGGUUCGGGGGGGUCCGAAGAGGGGCGGCCAACUGCACAAGGAUAGCGUCAAGAGAACGUUUGCGGUGUCGCCGAAAGGAUUUCCCCAGGAGCAGUCAGUUGGCGGAAUGCUCAAGCCCGGAGGGGAAAAUAGAGUGGGCGGGGAGUUUGCGCUGCCGGAGGACACGCAACCGGGGAGCGUGGUGACGUCAGUCACGGUGUUCCCGUCGCCAGUGGCAAGCCUGACGAGCGCCGCGCAGGCUCUCGUCCGCGAGCCGUACGGCUGCUUCGAGCAGACGUCAGCAGCCGUGUUCCCCAACGUCAUGGCGCAGCAGUACUUCAAGACGCACCCCGGGGCGUCGCCAAAGCUUAUGGAGAAGUCGUAUAUGCUAUUGGGCUCCGGCCUGGAGCGGCUGAGGGGAUUCGAGGUGGAAGGGAGCGGCGGUUAUGACUGGUUCGGAAAGGCGCCCGCGCACGAGGCGCUGACCGCAUAUGGGCUGCAGCUGUUCACGGAUAUGGCGCAGGUCUACCCCGUCCCGAAAGACAUGAUCCGCCGGACUCGCGACUGGCUCCUGAGCCGCAAGAACGACACCACGCGCGCGUUCAACAUGCAUACGUAUACGGUGUGGGGCGGAGUCGGCGCGGCGCCUGCUGACGUCAACAACGCCUACAUCGUGUGGUCGCUGACGUGUGCCAACAUGGGCGACAGCCUGGAGCCGCAGAUUGCCAGCCUAGUGGAGCAAGCGGCGACCAACAAGGACCCGUACUUUGUUGCCAUGGUCGCCGACACGCUCUACAAGGUGGGGCGCAAGGAUGAGGCGGGACAGCUGGCACGUGGCCUCCAGAAGCACCAGAAGGCCGACGGUUCCGUCCGUGGCGCCACGACGUCAAUCACGCGCUCGGGCGGCGACUCCCUGCUCGUCGAAACCACUGCCCUGGUCGCCCUCUGCUGGCUGAACGACGUCGAAACCUUCGGCGCGGCCGCGCGUCGCGCGAUCGACUGGAUUGCAACUAGGUGCGCGGGCGGCAGAUUCGGAUCCACGCAGGCGACCGUGCUCGCGCUCAAAGCGAUUGUGCGCUAUGACGUCGCGGUGACGUCAGCGCGCGCGCCCGGGACGGUGCACUUGGUCGUGGACGGGGAGCGCGUGGAGAGCAUAGCGUAUGGCGCGGGAGCGGUGGGCGCCAUAGCAUUUGGGGACGUGGCGCCGCGGAUGAAGGCCGAUGGGCGCGCGCGGAAUGUGGAGGUGGAGAUGGAGGGCGGGGCGCUUAUGCCGUGCGCGAUCCAGCUCCGCUACCACUCGGAGCGGCCCCCCUCCGCGGCCGCGGAUGCAGUCGCGCUGCGCGUCGCGCUGGCGCAGCCGGCCGCCCGGGAUGGCGACCUCGUCGAGGUUUUGGUGACUGAGAAACCAGACGAGGCGCUUCCGAUCCGCCCAAUGACAUUCCGCUUUCCGCCGCAGGUCCGCUACCACUCCGAGCGCCCCCCUUCCGCGCCCGCGGCCGCGGUCGCGCUGCGGGUCGCGCUGGCGCAGCCGGCCGCCCGGGAGGGCGACCUCGUCGAAGUCCUGGUGACCCUGAAUAAUACAAAACCAGACGAAGAGCUGCCCAUGACGGUCGCCAUCGUCGGCCUGCCGGGGGGCCUCGAGCCGCGGCACGACCAGCUCAAGGAGCUCGUGACACGUGGCGACGUCGCGUUUUACGAGAUCCGCGGCCGUGAGGUCAUCUUCUACUGGCGCGCCCUGGCGGCCAAUCAGACGGUGGCGCUGCGCGUGGAAACGACGGCCGCGGUUCCGGGCGAGUACAUCGGUCCCGCGUCGAGAGCGUAUCUCUACUACACAGAUGAGCUAAAGACGUGGGCGGAACCCCUGAAGUGCAGCAUCGCCCCAAAGUAG